CGGGCGGAUUUCCCCUCUCCCCCCCGAGCCGGAACUCGAUGCAGCCCAGCUGAAGGCGGGCGAGGGGAGGCCCGAAGAAGGAGAGAGCCCAAAAGAAGGAAGGAGCCCGGAGCGCCGGCCGGGGGGCCGCGCCAUGGUGCUGCCGCGGUAGCGCCAGCACCUGCCAUGGGGAACGCGGGGCGCAGCGGCGGCACCUCCCGAUCCCGGCGAUCCGUGCCGCGCCCCCGCCCCGCCCCCGGGCCGCAGAGGAAGCGGGGACUCGGCCGGCUCGGGGCGUUGCUGCCCGCGGGACCUGGCGGCGGGUGAGCGGGUAAUGGAGUCUCGUAGCUCUGACAGCCCUCGCAAGAGUAACCCACCAACUUCUGAAAGUGAAGAUGAGAUUGAGUUCGUUGGAGAAGGACCUUUAAGGCCUGUCCUUGAAUGCAUUGAUCUUGUCAGCAGUGAGGAUGAAGAACCUAACAGCAGUUCUUAUUUUCGUAGAAAUACUGGGAGUAAGGAUCACAUUGAUUACCAGAAGGAACGAGUUGCAUCAACCCUGGAUCGUCUGGCACGCCAUGUUGAAGUAGAGAAACAACAAAAAGAGGAGAAAAACAAAGCCUUUAAGGAGAAAGUUGAUUCCCAAUAUGCUCAUGGGUUGCAAGAAUUAGAAUUUAUUCGGGGACACAGUGAUACAGAAGCAGCAAGGUUAUGUGUGGAUCAGUGGUUAAAAAUGCCAGGUCUGAAACCAGGCUCUGUUAAGGGUGGAAGAAGGGGUGCUAAUAAGAAGAUGGGUCAGACUCAAGUCAAAAGCAGUCCCAAAUAUUGUCCUGUGAUGCAUUGCAACAGACAGUUUGAUAAUGUACAUCUUCUUCUAGGUCACCUUCAAAGGUUUGAUCAUUCUCCCUGUGACCCAACAGUCACAUUGCAUGGACCCCCACAUAAUGCUGUUGCUUGUGUGAUAUGCUGCGAAAGAUUUUCAACCUCUCAGCAGUACAAUGAUCAUCUUUUAUCUAAGCUAAAUGAAAAUGAUGGGCAUAAAAAAGGUAUUCCUCCACAGCAUAUUCAGUGUUUUGCAUGCCCAAACUGCUUCCUCCUUUUCACCAACAGAGAUGAGUGUUUGCAGCAUAUGUCACAGAAGAACCACGUCCUCCAGGUUUCUGAACCAAGUGAUGCACUGAAGUCUGGCUAUCCACUACCUUUUCCAUCCUUUGCAAAGAACCUCUUGAUAUCUCUGUGCAAGGAGGUCUCCUUCCAAGUGAAGUGUAUGUCCUGCUUCAAGAUACUGCGCUCACAUAUGGAAUUAACAGCUCAUUUCAGAACACGUUGUUACAAUUCUGGACCCAUGGCACUGUCAAAGAAAAGCAUCUCCCAAGUUGCAGAAAUAUUUAAAAUGAAAGGUCAUUGUGAGAACUGUGAUGAACUGUAUGCUGAUAAGAAUCAGAUGAUCCAACACAAACAAACCACUCAACAUAACAUUAGAAUUUUUGAUACACUGGAAGAAUCCAUCUUGAUGUUCUGCCAUGUCAAUGGAAAACAUAAAAAUCAAUCUCAUUUGUGCCACAUUGUGGAACGGUCAAGACCAUUGCUUAAAAGACAUUUGAGUCCAGAUAAGUCCUCCAGUGAAAUGGUGUCUGCUCCUUCAAAACGGAAGAGUAAUUUAAAAGAUAAAAGUGAAGAUAAAGUUGCAAAGCAAAGUCAAGGUAGUGCUUGCAAAGUAAAAGUCUGGUUUUGUGAAUGCCUUCAAAAGUUUUUUACAGAAGAGUCAGUAGAAAAGCACAUUUUAUCAGCAAAUAGGAUCUGUCACAAGUGUGCUGUGUGUGGAAAGCUGGCUGAAAAUUCAAGCAUUAUCCGCCUGCAUAUGAGUCGAUUCCAUGGAGGAGCACACUUGACUAAUUUUCUUCUCUGGUGCAGAGCAUGCUCUGUAGAUCUUAGAGAAGAGGAUAUUAUGGGACACAUAAAUGAAUUUCAUGGUGGGCAUAGUUACUACUAUGAGCAAGAAGCUGUAGAAGAUGAACCUAUGCCAUCUGCUUCCGAUGCAGUGAGCAUUUCUGCAGGUGGAGAUAAAGACUGCAUUUCCAGCCCUAUGGAGCUCUCCCCUGAAAGUGGUCCUGUUUUGGGAAAAUGGCAGUGCCGCAUUUGUGAGGAGAUGUUUGAGUCUGAAGAGAGUGUUAAACAGCACUGCAUGUCCUUGGAAAGCCAUGCAUUUCACAGGUACUCGUGUAGUUUAUGUAGAAAUCAUUUUCGGAAAGUAGGAACACUGCAGCGGCACUUCCAAGAGCAUCAUGAUCAGGAGGUACAGACUCAAUACUUCUGUGGCCUUUGUGGUAAUCUCUUCUUCAACACAGAGGAGGAAUUUCUAAUCCAUUACAAGGAGGUUCAUAGCAUGGACUAUACAUUUGUGCCUGAGCAGAUGGAACUGUCCAUAAAAAAAGAUGAGGACUUCCUCCCAGUCGAACAAGGAGACCGUUUAAACUGUGGUUGUCGGACAACUUACAUCUCCAAAAUAAACAGGAGGAAUGAUUAUGAGAAUUGUCAGAAAACCAUGCUGCAGAAAGGAAACUUAUGGUAUCGAUGCUGCUUGUGUUCUGCAACGGCACAGAAUAUUACUGAUUUGAACAGUCAUCUCAAGAGUCACACAUCAGUAAAACCUACAGGAGGGAUGUAUGUUGUUAGAUGUGCUGCAUGCAGCAAAAACUUUGAUGAUCUUCAAAGUGCACAUCAGCACUAUCACAUGAAACACUGCUUCUUGCAGAAACCUGAUCUGUCAAGCCUUGCAUCAGAAUCAGAAGACACAGUAUUCAAGUUUUCAGCAAGUGGGACUUGUGUGGUCAGAAAACCUGACAGGCAACGGUUUCAAGCAUCUCCAUCCAAAACUCAGGACAGACCACAGUUUUCUCCUCUGCAGGGCCUAGUAGAGAAAAAGAAAAUAAAAAACGAGGACUUAGAAGAAGAACAUAGUGAAAAUAGUGAACUUCCUGAUCUUGACUAUCUGAGCACCAUGACUCACAUUGUGUUGGUGGAUCUGGACAACUGGGGAAGCUUUUUCACACAGCUGCCAGCUAACCUGAACCAAGGGACAUUUAUCUGGGGUUUUCAAGGAGGAUACAGCAAAUGGAAGCCUCCAGUGCAUUGCAAAAUUUACAAUUAUCUUAAAAGGAUUGGAUGUUUCUUUCUUCAUCCACGUUGCAGUACCAGAAGAGAAGCAGCAGAUUUUGCUCUCUGUGUCCAUGCCGGUCGUCUGGAUGAGCACCUGCCCAAGCAAAUUCCUUUCACUGUUCUUUCUGGAGACAAAAGCUUCCUGGAACUGGAAAACCAAUUUAAAAUGACCCAGCGGUCAGCUCGCAUCCUGAAUCCUCACGACAUUGAGGGAGACAUGAUGUGUGCCUUGCUAAACAGCAUUUCAGAUACCACCAAAGGUAGUUCAGAUAGUGAAGAGGAUGAAGAUAUGAAAGAAACAGUGAAGCAGAGCUUAGAAGAAAUCAACAAACAGGAAGAACUGCAAGAUGCAGAACUGCAAGAUGCAGAACUGCAAGAAGCUAUCAAAAGGAGCCUUGAGGAAAUGUAAAUGAAGAUACUUCAGUACACUUAACACCAUGCCAUCAGAACUGCUCACAAAAAUGGAAGCUUGUUCAUUUAUUUACAAGGGUUCAGAAAUGCCACUUCUAAAAUGUCUGUAAUUGUUAGAUUAAUAAUCUCAUGUCCUCUGUCAUACUGAUGAACAGCUGGAGUUUAUUCAUAUUCAUGGCAAUGUGCUAUGUUUGAUUAAAAUUUUUAUGCCUUGUCAUAUUUGUUUCUAAGGGGUGGUGACUAAGUGUCUCCAAUUUAGCUGUUUAAAAUUGUUGCCUAAUUAGUAGGCUGGUCUUAAUAGGUUAUUUGGGUUCCUGGUUGUUCAGGUUUUUUUUCUUAAAUUGGUUCUUGCAUUUAAUUUUUUGUCACAAAAUGUCAUUGUGUUUAUGUACUUUUUCACGUGGUCUCUGCAACAGAUAAAAAUAGUAAAUUCCAGUUAUCUCAGAUUUGCCUGGCUAAUCUUGUUAUAAAGAGAAGCUUAGAUCCCAGGGUUGUUGAACAUAUGGCCUAACUGUUGCCUGUGGCAGGUCUCACUUCAUAGGCCAUACUUUUGUCUCUGUCCUUUUUGUUAUAAAUGUCAGAAUGAGGACCACAGGCUGUACAGUUAGUUUACCAGUUUUGUUUUUAUAAAUGUGUGUGUUUUUUCAAUAGUGGCAGAGUAUUUGGAUUUGAUGACCUAAAGUUUGAUGACUCCAUUGUCUCUCCCUUAUCUGAGGCAGGAACAACUUUUAAAGGAACAGAAUCUAAACAAACUUCUAGUUUCUGUUUGAAAUACAUGUGAGAAGAUUCAAACUGUAAUAUUUCUGUAUACUAUGGUCUUUGCUCUCUUCUGUUCAUGAAGAGGUGGCAUUGGAUAAAUGAAUGUAAAUGUGCUAAUUAUUUUUGUACUGUCCUUAUUUUAAGUGAAAUUAUUUCUGUGUUUAAAAUUCUGUCAUCUUUCUCAGUUUUGUUUAAAAAUACCUAUGCAAACUGUCCAGCUUUACCAGCCUGUUAUCCUUCAGUUAAUUAUUGCUGUCAAUCAGUAAGAAAUCUCAAUGUAAUAAAAUUCCAACUUGUUUCUUUA